UUCCUCCACAAUCGUUGGCUACCUUCUGGUGAUCAUUCUGCGGUCAACAAGGAAUCCACGUUGAACGGAUUCUAGAUUCGCUACAGAUUCCUAUCCGCGGCAGAGGAACGGAAUGGCAAUGUGGAUUUCGGCGGUCUACAUUCUUCUGAUUGCCGCCUGUGUGCAGAGUGCAGCGACACACAAGCAUUCGCAUACGGUCAACAGGGAACGUACGGAAGAUGGCGCAUAUGCACCCCGGGAUGCCCAUCAUAUGGAAGGCGACGAACACUUUUCCGAGUUUGACCACGAAGCAAUCCUGGGCAGUGUGAAGGAGGCAGAAGAAUUUGACAACCUUUCACCGGAAGAGUCGAAGAAGCGCCUGGCUGUGCUGGUUACGAAGAUGGACCAAAACUCAGACGGUUUCGUCGACCGCCACGAGCUGAAGGCGUGGAUUCUACGUUCAUUCAAGAGCCUGGCGGAAGAGGAAGCUUCCGAGCGAUUCGACGAUGUCGAUUUGAACAACGACGAAUCGGUAACGUGGGAAGAGUACCUGCAGGAAACGUAUGGCAUGGACAGCGAUGACGAGGAAGGUGUGCGUGUAUUCGAGGAGCCACGAAACGAGGAGGAACGCAAGCUAAUUCAAGAUGAUAAGGAGAUGUUCGAUGCGGCGGACAGCAACAAAAACGGCAUGCUUGAUGCGACCGAAUUCGUUCAGUUCGUUUCGCCGGAGGAGUUCCCCCAGAUGCUACCAAUCAUUUUGAAGCAAACGCUUCGUGACAAGGACACGAACAACGAUGGCCGUAUCGAUUUCCAAGAGUUUGUGGGGGACAAUGCGAUGGACCACGAUAAGGAGUGGCUGGUGGUCGAGAUGGAUAAGUUCAAGGAGGACUUUGACAGGGAUGGCGAUGGCUAUUUGAAUGGAAACGAAAUCCUUUCCUGGGUUGUACCGAGCAAUGACGAGGUAGCUAGCGAUGAAGUUGACCAUCUCUUCGCCGCCAGCGACGACGACCAUGAUGAUCGGUUGUCCCAUCAAGAGAUUAUCGAAAAAUACGAUAUCUUCGUGGGAAGCGAAGCCACCGAUUACGGUGACCAUUUGCAGAACAUCCACCACUUUGACGACGAGCUGUAAGGAAGUCAGUCCGUUUAAGGAUUGUAAACGGUACUUUCGUAUUUUCGCGUUUAUGACACUACUCUUUUAAUUUAAGUCGAAAAGGAGUAAUAGGGUGUUUUCUUCGACAUUGACCGUAAGGCAUAACCGAGCUUUAUCUGUAGAAGAAGUGUUCCCUUUGCAUCCGUGGGAAUAUCUCUCGUACUCUCUUAUGGUUGAAUUAUACACGCGAAAUACCCUAAUUUAACGGCUCUCUGGCGCGAUUGUCUUCUAUUUAUUACGUUUUUUAAUUCGGUUCAAAAAGUAAUUUUUCAUUUAAUCUCUAUCUAGCGCAAAACUAACUUUCUUCGUAUGUGUAACGAGCUGCCAUAAAGAUAGUCAGUCGAAUGUGUAUGUCCGUAUGUUUUACGUAUGUUUACCAAAUAGUUUAGACUUUGUCGAUUUAUCAUGCUUUUUAAAUCAAUAUUUAAACUUCUACUAAACCAAAAGUUGUUGGAGUUUUUCUU